GUGCUAGAAAGUAUUCGCGUGACAGCAAUGCAUCUGCUUCAAUUGGUGAAUAAUCCCGAGUGGUUGUUUCGAAUAUCGAAAGGGCACGCUUACAUCGCACACGUUCUUGAGAACGAUAAACGGCGUAUCAAGGAUAUAUUCAAAGAGCGUUUAUUGAUGUCGGAUUCUUGCGAGAAGUUAGAAGCACUUCGUAGUGAGUUGGCACUUCGCGAUGAUUUUCAGUCGAUUACCUCUUCAGAGGUGCUUUGGAAUGAAGCGAUUUGCGAAUGGCGAUCCAUACAUCCAGCAUUCAAAUUUCUUUAUUGGUCAUCAUUUUUUCCAGUUUCAAAUUUUAACUCUCAUGUUUUAACCACUUGA